GUUUGUGCCAAGCUCUGCAGUCAGUUGGGGACACAAGGGCUGUGGGUGUUGGUUGCUGUCUUAUUUCUCCUACCGGCGAGUAUUGGGGUACCGCAUAUAAAAAUGCUGUGGGCUGCAAAUCAGUUCUUCAGGAAGUUCUCCACCACAACAGUUUACUUCCAGAAUAGGCUACGAUUAGCUGUUAUUGGUCAGAGCGUCUUUGGCCAGGAAGUGUAUAGUAAUCUGCGCAAGGAAGGACAUAAAGUGGUGGGAGUCUUCACAGUUCCAGACAAGGAUGGAAAAGCAGAUCCUCUUGCGGUGGCAGCAGAAAAGGAUGGCACACCAGUAUUUAAGUUCCCUCGAUGGAGACUGAAGGGCAAACCUAUUCCAGAGGUAGUAGAUGCCUACAAAGCUGUUGGAGCCGAGCUCAAUGUUCUACCAUUUUGCUCCCAGUUUAUACCUAUGAAUGUCAUUGACAACCCUAAGCAUGGAUCUAUUAUCUAUCACCCUUCCAUCUUGCCUCGUCACAGAGGAGCCUCAGCUAUCAAUUGGACCUUGAUUCAUGGAGAUAAAAAGGCUGGCUUUUCUGUUUUCUGGGCUGAUGAUGGGCUGGACACAGGACCAAUUCUUCUCCAGAGGGUUUGUGAUGUAGAGUCCAGUGAUACUGUAGACUCUCUGUACAACCGCUUUCUCUUUCCAGAAGGAGUAAAAGCCAUGGUUGAAGCUGUACAAUUAAUUGCUGAUGGGAAAGCACCUCGUAUAGACCAGCCGGAAGAUGGAGCUACCUAUGAAGGAAUUCAGAAGAAGGAGAAUGCUAAGAUAUGUUGGGACAAUUCAGCUGAGGAAAUCCAUAAUUGGAUCCGAGGACAUGAUAAAGUGCCAGGAGCGUGGACUAUGAUAAAUGAUCAGAUAGUAACACUAUAUGGGUCUACUUUGCUGGAGGGUGCAGUGCCCACAGGUGAACCAUUACAUAUUGAAGGAGCUUCAAAGGCAGGACUUGUUACAAAAAAUGGACUCGUUCUCUUUGGAAAAGAUGGAAAAAUGUUAAUAGUGAAAAAUCUUCAGUUCGAAGAUGGAAAAAUGAUUCCUGCAUCCAGUUACUUUUCAAUGGGUGAUGUUGCGGUUUUGGAAUUAACAGAGGAGGAAAAAGCCAUGGAGUCCAAAAUCAGGGAUAUUUGGAAGGGGAUUCUAAGCAAUGUUGCUGUGAUUGAAGAUACCACAGACUUUUUCAAAUCUGGAGCUGCAUCUAUGGAUGUUGUCAGGUUAGUGGAGGAAAUCAAGCAGAAAUGUGCUGGGCUAGAGUUACAGAAUGAAGAUGUCUACAUGGCUACCACAUUUCAAGACUUUAUGCAGAUGGUAGUGAGGAAAUUCAGAGGAGAGGAUAAAGAAGAAUUAGUUAUAGAUUAUGUUACAUUAAAUGUGAACAAUAUGACUGUGAAUAUGCCAUACCAAUGUUUUAUUAAUGGGCAGUUUGUAGACUCUGACAAUAUGAAAACCUGUGAUACUAUCAAUCCAACAGAUGGAUCGGUGUUAUGCAAAGUCUCUUAUUGCUCUGUAGCAGAUGUAGACAAGGCAGUGGCGGCAGCAAAAGAAGCCUUUGAAAAUGGCGAAUGGGGAAAAAUGAAUGCUCGAGAUAGGGGAAGAAUGCUGUACAGGCUUGCAGAUCUUAUGGAAGAGCAUCAAGAAGAGUUGGCCACUAUUGAAUCUCUAGAUUCAGGAGCAGUGUACACACUGGCUCUGAAGACCCAUGUGGGGAUGUCGGUGCAGACCUUCAGGUACUUCGCUGGAUGGUGCGACAAAAUUCAGGGCUCUACUAUUCCAAUAAAUCAAGCUCGUCCAAAUCGAAACUUAACAUUUACUAAGAAAGAGCCACUAGGAGUUUGUGCCAUAGUGAUCCCGUGGAACUAUCCCUUGAUGAUGCUUGCCUGGAAAAGUGCAGCAUGUCUGGCUGCAGGCAAUACUUUGGUUCUGAAACCUGCUGAGGUGACUCCAUUAACAGCAUUAAAAUUUGCAGAACUUGCUGCCAAAGCAGGUGUCCCAAAGGGUGUUAUCAAUAUCCUGCCUGGAUCAGGAGGUGUAGUUGGACAGAGGUUAUCCGAACAUCCAGAUAUACGCAAGCUUGGUUUUACAGGAUCCACCCCAGUAGGAAAGCAGAUCAUGAAAAGUUGCGCCGUCAGCAAUCUGAAAAAGGUGUCACUGGAACUUGGUGGAAAAUCUCCUCUUAUCAUCUUUAAAGACUGUGAUCUUGACAAAGCUGUGAGAAUGGGUAUGGGAGCCGUAUACUUUAACAAAGGUGAAAACUGCAUUGCAGCUGGGAGACUUUUUGUUGAAGAUUCUAUACAUGAUGAGUUUGUUAGAAGAGUGGUGGAAGAAAUUAAGAAGAUGAAGAUAGGAGACCCUCUGGACAGGUCUACUGACCAUGGCCCUCAGAACCACAAGGCACAUUUAGACAAACUCCUGAAUUACUGUGAAAUUGGAGUCAAGGAAGGAGCAACUUUGGUUUAUGGUGCCAGACAAGUGCCUCGGCCAGGUUUCUUCAUGGAACCCACUGUAUUCACAAACGUGGAAGACCAUAUGUACAUUGCACAAGAAGAAUCCUUUGGACCGGUAAUGGUCAUCUCCAAGUUUAAAGAUGGUGAUGUUGAUGGAGUGCUAGCACGAGCUAACAACACAGAUUAUGGGCUAGCAUCUGGAGUCUUUACAAGAGACAUUAGUAAGGCCAUGUAUGUGAGUGAGAAGCUGGAUGCGGGAACUGUUUUUAUCAACACCUACAACAAAACUGAUGUUGCGGCACCAUUUGGAGGAUUUAAACAGUCUGGAUUUGGCAAGGACUUAGGAGAAGAGGCUCUCCAUGAGUACCUCAGAACAAAAGCAGUCACUGUGGAGUAUUAACAGUUCUUGUGCAGCCACAUAUCAGUAAAAUCAUCAUGAACUUAUUUUCCCAGUGAAAUUCAUCUACACAAUAUCAAGAAUUGUACACUUAAGGAAACCAUGUGCCUAUACAACCACUUUCAUGCAGAUACAAGCCUUUUUGUGUAACACGCUUUCCUUCAAGAACACAUUAUAUAUGCAAUCUUUCAAUCAUGGCAGGGCUUCUUUCUAUAGACAUGUGAUUGUACAACAGUAGACAGACAUUUGCCCAUGUGGCUAAUGUGCUGUAAAGUAUCCCUCAGUUUGUAAUGGAAAUAUAGUAAUACUCAGGAAUUACCUUAAAGGGGUUUUCCAGUGGGUUUGCUUUGAUGAGCCAACUGUUUUGUAUUGAGAAAAUUCUUUUCAAGAUAAUUCCAAAGCUUUCAUUAAAGGGAUUGUCCCACUGAAACUAUUCUAGAUUUUCAAACCAGCACCUGGAUCUGAACAAUUUUGUAAUUGCAUUGCAUUAAUAAUUUAAUAUAGCCACUGAGCACUGAGUUAUUCAAUA